UUCUGUUAUCCGUGCGAGUCAUUAUUCAUGUGAUGCAAUUCCCCUAUGAGUCAUAAGCGAUCUGUCGAGGUCUCCCAUUGAAUGUUUGUGCCCCUGUGAAAUCCACUAUCUGCCAACCCAGUCGGUAGCCAAUAGGUAGGUGGUGGCGAGCGCUCAGGGAGGGAAUAUUGCGGCUGCCAGUGGAAGUACAUUGGAAUCUGACAGAAGGAGCAAUUUCUUUCAGCACCACGGACAGUUCCAGACACCUGCCCGGCGCUCACCCUUGAGGCUGUUGCUUUUCUCCCGCGCGCUUCUGAGCGCUCCAUCUGCUGCUGAUUUCUAUGCUCCGGUCCCAGGCGUUUUGCAGCCGCCACCUCGCUGUCAGUUUGGCUUCUCACCUCGCUGUCAGUUGGCUUCUCACUUCGGGGCUGUGAGAUCAGGCACUCGGAUGGCUUCUCCCGGCUCCGGAUUUUGGUCCUUUGGGGCUGAAGAAGGGAAUAAAGAAGCUGAAAACCCCGGCACAGCCAAGGCAUGGUGUCAGGUAGCCCAGAAGUUUACUGGAGGAAUCAGCUCGAAAUUGUGUACUUUACUCUACGGAGAGGGAGAGAAGUCGUCGGGCCCUGCGGGUAAAGAUAAGGAGGAAUUGGGCUCAGGAGAGAAGGGAAUGGCCUGUAACUGUGACACAAAGGCAUGUGACUGCCAGAAGGGACAAGCCAAUUACUCCUUAUUGUAUUCUACAGAUCUGCUCCCUUCUAAAAAUGGGGAAGGGGUAACGAUGACUUUCCUGCAAGACGUGAUAGACAUUUUACUGCAAUAUGUGGUUCAGACUUUUGACAGGUCCACAAAGGUCAUUGAUUUCCAUUACCCAAAUGAACUGCUCCAGGCUUAUAACUGGGAGCUCUCGGAACAGCCCCAGUCCCUGGAUGGGAUCCUGCUGAACUGCAAAACUAGCCUGAAAUAUGCCAUUAAAACUGGGCAUCCUAGAUAUUUCAACCAGCUAUCAACUGGGCUUGACAUGGUUGGAUUAGCUGCAGACUGGUUGACAUCAACUGCAAAUACAAACAUGUUUACCUAUGAAAUUGCACCUGUUUUUGUACUUUUGGAAUAUGUUACAUUAAAGAAAAUGAGAGAGAUGAUUGGAUGGCCCGGAGGAAGUGGCGAUGGCAUAUUCUCACCUGGUGGUGCCAUAUCUAACUUGUAUGCUAUGUUGAUUGCACGUUUCAAGAUGUUCCCAGAGGUUAAAGAGAAAGGAAUGGCAGCAUUACCCAGACUGGUUGCCUUCACAUCAGAACAUAGUCACUUUUCUGUUAAGAAAGGAGCGGCAGCCUUGGGGAUUGGCACGGACAGUGUGAUCCUUAUCAAAGCCGAUGAAAGGGGGAAACUGAUACCAUCCGAUCUUGAAAGACGAAUUAUCGAAGCCAAACAAAAUGGCUAUGUUCCAUUCUUCGUUAGCGCCACUGCCGGAACUACAGUUUAUGGAGCAUUUGACCCCCUAAUAUCUAUCGCCGACAUCUGCAAAAAGUACCAGAUUUGGAUGCAUGUAGAUGCUGCAUGGGGCGGUGGAUUACUGAUGUCUAGGAAGCAUCGAUGGAAGCUUAAUGGAGCUGACAGGGCUAAUUCUGUGACGUGGAAUCCACACAAAAUGAUGGGCGUUCCACUCCAGUGCUCUGCAUUGCUGGUCAGGGAAGAGGGGCUGAUGCAGAACUGCAACCAGAUGCAUGCAUCCUACCUCUUCCAGCAAGACAAACACUAUGACCUUUCCUAUGACACGGGAGACAAGGCUUUGCAGUGCGGACGCCAUGUUGAUAUUUUCAAGUUGUGGCUAAUGUGGAGAGCCAAAGGGACGACUGGAUUUGAAGCUCAUAUUGAUAAAUGUCUGGAGCUGUCAGAAUAUUUGUAUAAUAUAAUAAAGAAUAGAGAAGGCUAUGAAAUGGUGAUCGAGGGAAAGCCCCAGCACACAAAUGUAUGUUUCUGGUAUGUACCACCAAGUUUACGCAACAUGGAAGACAAUGAAGAAAAAAUGAAUCGGCUUAGUAAGGUUGCCCCUACCAUCAAAGCCAGGAUGAUGGAGUACGGAACCACCAUGGUCAGCUAUCAGCCACACGGAGACAAAGGGAAUUUUUUCCGCAUGGUUAUCUCCAACCCAGCUGCAGCCCAUCAAGACAUUGACUUCCUGAUUGAAGAAAUUGAGCGCCUUGGGCAAGAUUUAUAAAAUGUUCCUUAGGCCACCUCCAAGUCUAUAGGUAGACGACGGAGUUCUUUCAACUGUGUGAAUGUAUUUGUAGUGUGUUCCAACUAGUAAUUCUAUAUUGUGUCGUAGCAACCUGAAUAUAGUUUUAUUUGAGAAGCAUUGCUCCUGUGAUGGUCUUGCAUUUUAGGUUAUCCAUUUAUUGGCCGUAGGUUUGAAUCAUUGAAUCAUCUAGAUAAUCUAUAAUUUAAGUAGUGUUACACAGAUUUACUGCUGAAGUACCUUAUAUGAAUGUGCCAAAUGUAUCAAAACCGUAGACUUUAAAGAAUACUUCACGGGGGCAAUACAAUUUCAAGAUAAAAAAAAAAAAAAUGCCAUAUUUGCUGACUGUAAAAUUGCAUUGCCUUUCUUAGUAUUUAGAUGGGAUUUCUAAUUUACAUUUGAUAUGUUUCAGACAUAUAAUUUUACUAAAGAGAUUAUAUAUAUAUCUAUAUCAAUAUAUUGACUGAAGAUAUCCUAUUUUGUAAAGUAUAGAUUUUAUUUUGUAUCAGUUCUGUACCUGUUCUACAAA